AUGGGCUACGCUCCGAUGAAUUAUCCUAGCUACGUCGGUCAGCAGCCUAUGGCCACCCCUCAGCAAAGUAUUCCGACACCACAAUUUACACCUUCGCGGACCACCAAUUUUUCAGGCCCCCAAAGUACAACUUCAUUUCCUUCUUCACGACCCUUCCCGCAGCCUACGCCAACACGUGGACCGCCGUACCAGCAUCAACCUGGCUACAAUCCAGCUUACGGCCCACCUACUGCUCAGCAGGCUCCUACGUAUCACUCUGUUACUCCAAGCCACCAAAAUACCCCUCCGCCUGUGCAACCGUCGAUGAUGGGCCCGCCCAUGCAUUGGGGAUACAACAAUGCAGGCUCUGCAGGAACAUACACCGGCCCUCCGCACGGGAAUCAGCGAGGUCCCCGCCCGUACAACGCUUACGGAAAUCAGGCCUCCAAGGGCGGGAACCCUAUGCCACAUAUGAAGCGCGAUCAUACUUCGGCCUUUGGAAAGCCACAGAAUAUUAGUCCCCGAGUCCCUGCUCCGCCCCCAGUUCCUAGCUUCGGCAAUCCUUUACCUUCUAAACCACCCCCUCCGGUUGAUGCUUCACGAAAACCGAAAAAGAAGAAACGGAAGCACAAUCAACUUGGCCUGACACCGAAAACGGAGGAACAUGAAUCAAGCGAAGAAGAAGAUGACGUUGACGAAGAAUCGCGGUUAGCACACGGAGGCGCUGAUGUCGCAGCGGCUUUGCAAUUUUCAUAUAAGGGCCGUACUGCCACAUUGCAGUCGCCGGCUGAGAUUGCAGCAUGGAUUGAGGAGCGUAAGAAGCGGUUCCCAACCCAAGCGAAAAUUGAUGAGAAAAAGAAGGCGAUGGAGGAGGCGAAGAAAGCCAAGGAAGAAGCCCUGCGACAGAAAGAUCUUCGAAAGCAAGAUAUGAAGAAAGCACCGAAGAACCAAGUACAAGCUCCUGCCGACCCGGUAGAUGCAGCUGAAAAAGCAAAACGGAAAGCCGACAAGCUACGGCGCAAGCUCAUGAAAGAGCAGAAAAAGGUCGAAAGGGCGGAAGCAGAUGCCGAACGGGCUCGAAGAAGAGUCGAGGAACUGCAGCGCGGAUCGACGGGCGUUGAAAAAGAUGCUGCUACUUCAUUUGUGCAGGAAGGUCAAUCCCAGUCCAACUCCGAAAACAAAACGAAUAUUAUUCCUGACCAGGAUACGGGGGCUUCAGUGACCUUACCUGCUUCUGGACAUCCUCCUGAUCAGAUUCCCGAGCCUACCGGUGGCGUUGGCCCAGUAUCUGCAUCUGAUAUUACUCCAAACGGAGAAGAUGUCAUGGAGAUCGCCCACGGUGAUGUUGCGGUAUCUUCGGAUGUCUCUGACAGUAGCGACUGGACGUCGUCUAGCGGAUCAGAUCUCUCUUCCUCGGACUCGGAGGACAGCGACAGCGAUUGUGCUCCUGAGCAAGCGACCUCUCGCCGCGAAGGCCCUGAACGAGUAGCCCCGCCUCCGCGCGAAGCAAAAAAGAAGCUAUGCCGACACUUUGCUCGAACUGGCCGCUGCCAGCGUGGAGAUAAGUGCAAGUUCUUGCACGAGACGCCAGAUCGUGGAGCCAAGGCAAAGCCUAUAGAGAAGAAAGGACGUAAAGGGCUCCUACAAGCGCUUCUUGACCGCCAGAAAGGGGAUAAUGACCGGAAAGUCAUGGAAGCUAUUGUUUGGCUAGGGGAUAAUGGCUUUUUAGACGCACCGAAGGCCCAAGAAGAGGCUCAAGAAGGUGUGAGCAAGGGCUCUAGAACGGAUGGUGUAAAACCAUCCAACGAGCUCUUAGGAGACCAAACGUUAUCAGAAAGCAUGCCACCGCCGCAGACAGGCGACAGCGCCUCUGUCACUGCUUAA